AUGCACGCGGCCUCCGGUUUAGACACUAGUCGUGACAAACGUGGUGGUGCUGCGCCUAGAGUUUCAGAAGACCAAAACCCCCUCUUGAUAUUUCACAUCGACGCAGACAAUGGAGUUGUUCUCUCCACACUGUACUCAAGGCUACAGAAAACAGAGCACACAAAGGAAAACAAGGAUGUGCCAUGCCUGGAGGCGUGCCCUGUUCGAGAUUUCGCUUCCCAUCUGCUCGCUGAGUUUAUGUGGGGAACUCUGGACCCGGAGACUGGCAGAUGGAUUCCAGUGAGCGAGAGUCCAUCAUGUGAUCCUCCUCUGAACGACGACAGCCUCAUCACCUGCGGUCAAUUUCUUCGUUCUCGAAACACAGCUGCUGAUCCCGGGGACCUCCAGGUUUGCGAAAACAUACGCCGAGUCCUGCAGACAUUCGGGCAGGACGGCGAGAAGAAGUAUCUGCAGCCACAAAGACCAAAAAGGAAGCCGAAGGAGUGCACUGCCACUGCAGAUGCUGAGGCAGAAGGCGAAAGGGAAAACCAGUUAGACAGUGUUCGCGCAGACGUUCUUCUAAAGGAAGUUCACACACAGCUCAUGAAACGCAUGGCGUUACCUUUGACAGUCAGGCUGGGACUGGGCUGCGAGACGCCAAAUCCAGGUGCUAUUCUAGCGCCGGUUUUUCUGGACGGUCGGAAGAAGUCGAGAGAUCUGAGAAUAUCUGAGUCUCAAAUUGGCUCGCUCUCCGUCUCGUACUCCACUCGGGACUCCGCAUAUGAGUCCUCGUCGUCUCAGCAACAUUCGUCCGAGCGAACCGCACCGAAGGAAGCUGCAAGAGACUCGAGACUUCCGGACGCUUCUCUCGGAAGAGACGAGCCUCGGCAAGCUGCAGAAGGCGCUCAGGGGUCGCGGUCUCAGCAGACGUGCUAUGAAUCCCCUACGUGGACCCUGAGGUUUCUCGGGUCUGACACACAGUACGAAGGCAUCCACGAAAUCUACACCGCGAUGGUGCAUGACCUUCUCUCCCGCCACAACGUCUUAUGCUUGUGCUUUGGCGCCGCGCCCGACGAGCCCAAGCGGAGCGAAGAGAUUCUGGAGGCUCGAGAGGCCAGGUGUAACUCGCUACCACCCGCUGUCUCACCUAGGCCUUCUGGCAACUGUGUAGCUGUCCGAGGCACUUCAGGAGACGACAGAGUCCCUCCCGACAGCUGCAUGUUUCCGUCGAGGUUCGUGAAGCCCAACACCCCUUUUGAGGAAACCGGGAAAGCCGCGGCUAGGCAGCCAGCGAGCGGCUGCGAGCUACAAUCAGCAGCCGUCAACCGAGAAUCCAUUACUCCACAAACUCCAGGGUGCCAGGAGCUGGAGCCCAGUCCAGUGAUAUCUGCGACCGCCGAUGCCGCCUCUCCAGAUACAGAUACAGCAACCAUACACUCAGCAGCACCUCGAGCCUCUCCGCCAGCGCCUGGAGACGACGCAGAGCCGACUCGCGCCGAGCAGGGCCCUGAGGCAAGGAUUCAGCGUCUAGUCGCUUCCGAUGAGAUGCCGUCUAGCUUGCCCUGUCCGGCUUCAGAUCCGUUUCGCAGCUACUCGCUUUCGGAACCCCUAGUGCCCCUGCCUGUUUUCGUCGACCCAGCGGACUUCACCCGCCACCACGUGUGCGUGGGGUCGCCGGCAAUUCUUUCCGUCGCGCGCGGCCUCUCCCACGUGCCCACACUUAGCGUCUUCGAAGUCGUGUUUGGAACGCCACUGUUUGAUGCCUCAGCUGAAUAUCCAGAACCUGUGUUGUCCGCCGUCGCUCCCUGCCGCAGGACCGCAAAGCGGCCGAACGUCUGUGGAGGGGAGGGCGUCUCGAUACGCAGCGGACCCGAAGGUGUGAGGGUGCCUGGCGGCAGAGACGCUUCACGCACUUCAGAGGAGCAGGCUGCAGAGCCCUGUGGACAGUUUGGGGUGGCUCUCGAUAGCUGGGUCUCUCCCGGUCGUUGCAUGCAGGGCAAGACUCGCGCCUGGCUAGCUGUAGACCCUGUGUACUCUGUGGUUAUCCCGGAGCCCUGCAGCUUGAUUGCGAAUCCAGACUACAUAUGCAAUAUCGUGCAAACGCUUCUCACGCGCCGUCUGCGUCUCCUGUCGCAGUGCCUAGCGGCAGCGCCACAUGCGCUGAGAAGGCGGCGGACGCCCGACGUGCUGUGGGAACCAGGCAACGCGGGAAAUGACCCUGCGAGCUCCGAGCGGAAAGAGAAAAACCGUGGAGAGUCCACGCGGAAAGACGACGGUGACGAAGACUCGCCCGACCAUGGUGCAGUCGCAGGGCGUGCAGGAGGAGAUAACGGCUCGAGUGUGACGAGCGGCCAGCGACCGCGGUAUCUAACAUUCCUAGACAGAUUCGCGCCGCUUAGCGGUGACGAAAUCAAGGCCCUCCCGACGCGAGAGUAUCUGAGAGCGACUGUCAUCCCAGUUCUGCUUCCAGCGGUAGAGUUCGUCCUCAGAGAAAGACCUGAAGACCCUAUCUCGUGGAUCGCCUUCUACCUUCUUCGGCACUCCACGCACUUUAACCGAACAGACGCGCACAGGCAGCAACUCGGCCCAGAAUCUGUGUCUUUGUUCGCGUCUCUCGUUGACGCGAACUCCGGAACGCCACGAGAUUCACAGCUUCCAGCGCAUCGGACUGGCAGCAACCCCUCGCUCCACAUGGACCGUGAGCGGCCCCCAGACGCCACACGGUAG